CAUAUCAUAAACCCAGCCCAGCCGUCAUCUUUGAAACUCCGCCCGUUAUCCAGACAAACCCUAGCCUUUUACCCUUUUGCGUCUUUUUUUCUUCUUUUUCCUCUUUCAGAUCCCCAAUUUGUUUUUCCUAAAUCUGAAUUCUUUUCUCUUCAUCUUUGAUUUUUAGCUUUUCCCAAAUCUGAAUCAUCUUAUCUCGCGGUUAGGGUUUCGUAGAUAUUUCGUUUUUUUCUCAGAAAGAUCGGUUUGGAUUACCCCAAUUUUGUUUAAUCGAAUCUGAUUUUUUCGAUUUGAAAUACCUCUUUUUCACCGAUUGGAUCUAAUUUAUUUGAUUAUUUUUGUUCAAUUUAUUAUUUUUGAUCGAUCGAUCCCGUUAGGGUUAAUUAGGUUUUCUUCGUAAUUUUAGGGUUCGUUGACCCGUCCUUUUUUUUCCAAAGAAAAUUAGGGUUUCCCUUCUAAACGUCUUAUUAGGUUUUUUCCCCUAAUUUGUUUUAGGUUAAUCAUUCCCCUCAUCUUAGAAGUAAUCAACUCCUCGAAUAUUAUCCGAGUAAGGUGAUUAUGGCUUACAAGAGGCCUUUUGGGGAUGAGGAGGAUUACAGGGUUGCUUCUAAGCAUCCAAGACAUUCUGACAAUUGUUACCAACUCGCAUCAUUUAUAGAUGUUGCUCCUUAUGUUGAUACUUCUUCGGAUUCUCAGACUUCAGGUGAUGUAAGCUUCACUAAAAGGAAUGUAAGUGACAUAGAUAUGGAUCUCCCAGCUUGUUGGUACACGGACGGUGAGAUAGGUGGUUCUGGAAGCCUUUCUAGUUUGUGGCUCACCCAUAGGUCAGAGGCAGCAGCUCAGGACGAUGAAAUGUGUUUAUCCUAUUUGGCUUAUGGUCCUCGGAAACUAGUUUCUAUUGGAUCAAAUUAUCAGGCAAAUAUUCCAGCCUGGGGACCAACAUCAAGUGUCGAUGAGAACAGUGGAAAAUUCAUGGGGAACUGUGUGAUUCCAAUGCCCACAGAAGAUGCAGGCAAUACCAACUCUGUUGGAUAUGUUAAAGAUGAUUGCAGCUGCCCAGAUCGGGGUUCUGUAAGAUGUGUAAGGAAACAUAUCACAGAGUCCAGGGACAGGCUUAGAACGACUCUUGGGCCCGAGACAUUUGCGGAACUAGGGUUCUAUGAAAUGGGAGAGGUGGUGGCUACGAAAUGGAUUGAACACGAAGAGCGUGUCUUUCAUGAGGUAGUGUUCACAUAUUCUGCAUCGUCUGGUAAGAGCUUUUGGGAUCGUCUGUCAGGAGUCUUCCCAUCCCGAACAAAGAAGGAACUUGUCAGUUAUUACUUUAAUGUGUUUAUGCUUCGUCAACGCGCUGAGCAAAACAGAUCAGACUCUCUGGAAAUUGACAGUGACAAUGAUGAGUGGGAAGGAAGUGAUGAAGAGGAAGAUGAGAUAAGAACCACAGAGGAGUACGAAGACUCUGCAGUAGAGUCUCCGCAAGAAGAUCCCGUCUCUUACGAUAAUAACGAGGGUGAUGACAACAAUGAUGGGGAUACAGGGGACGAUGAAAGUACUGCUGAUGAGCACUAUUGCAGUUUUGGUCCUAAAUUCCAUACCUCAUCUAAGAAUUCGCAUAGCAGUGGUGAAGAUUUUGAUAUACAGGAUGACUCUUGUUUGUCGUUUGAGUGUGAAGCCAGCAAAGAGGGGGUCUUCUGCGGUCACACAGAUACUAAUAAAAGACAGAAUCAGGUGGAUAAUAACCGCGGCGAGGAUUAUCUGCAGUGUAGUUUUGAUGAGCGGUUUAAUAAUGACUCUCUUGAGCAGCAUGGAUAUGUAUUUAGUUCCUGUGACUCUAAAGUUUGGGAUGUUGGGUAUUUGGAUAGUUUCGAAGCUGAUGCUGAUUUCCUAUCUACAUUUAACAUGAUUGAGGAAGUUUUUGGGGAUGAAACUAUGAAUAUUAGAAAGGGUAAUACUGAUGGAAAGAGUGUAAGCUAAGCAAGUACAUAAUGAUUUUUUGCAAUCUCCCUCAGUUCUCUGGCUCCUGGAAAACCAGACUGUUGUCAGAGUUACGCCAGUUUGUACAUUUCAUUUUUCGAUAGGUGGGGCACCACCUUUUACUGUAAAAUAAGUGUUCUAUUUUUAAAGCCUAGUCUGUGAUUCAAUGUUGGUGGCAUGGCCUCUGAUUCUCUCUGUUGUCAUUUAUAUUUAUUCUUUACCAGAACUUGGAAAAAGAUGAAAUCAGAAGAUCUCUUGUAA